UUAACUCAUUCGGCCCCAAUCCCGACUGCAGGCGGUCUAAAUAUCGUACAUUGUUUGGCCGAUAACGUCUAGAAACGUAGUGUUUACAAUGCUCUCUCUGGCCGAUCACGUCUACAGAAGGUGCCGACAUAGGGUUGAGAAAAGGCCUCUCAUUGGAUUAAAAUGUCUGAUUUUGUGCAGAACUAUUAUGAUACAACCAAUCAGAAUGGUUGUUUAAAGUCUUUGUCAACUUUUACCUAAUAAAUAUUCAUAACAUUAGAGACAAUGAGAAACGAAAGUAUAGAGUUUCAUUCAAGCGUGGGUUUUGAAAACAAACAUGGCGGAUGUAUUUGACUCGAGCGAUAGUGAUGGCGAAUUUAAGGGAUUUACUGUAGAAGAAUGUACAGAGGCAGAAGAAAGAAAUGUCAGGAGACAACUACAGAUUAUGAGGGAAAUUGAAUCUGAUAUUAGUUUGUCCGAUAUAUCAGACGAUGAGUCAGACUUUGCCAAUAUGUCUGAUGAAUCUGAGGAUGAAGAUGACCAACCGCUAGCUGAAAUCGCGAGGUGGUCGGUAAAUUUACGUCAAAUGAAUAUUAAAGAUUUCACUGGACCAGUCCCAGGCCCAACAACGGUAAUGGACUCUUCUAAAACAGAAAUGGAUUUUUUUCACUUGUUAUUUCCAUCAAAUUAUUAUGAAGAAAUAGCGCAACAGACAAAUGCAUAUGCCGAGAGAGCCAUUGAUGUGAAUCCCAAUCCUGCCUGGUACCCAACAAAUGGAGAAGAAAUAAAAGCAUAUUUGGGGGUCGCAAUUGUCAUGGGUAUUUUACCAGCUCCUGCACAAGAUAUGUAUUGGUGCAAGGACAAGUUAUUCCACCCAUCCUGCAUAGAAGGAAAAUUCUCCAGGACUAGAUUUGAGACAUUACAAAGAUACUUUCAUGUUGCAGACACAACCUCAAAUCCAGCCCGAGAGAAUCCUGCCCAUGAUAAGUUGGCUCACGUCAGACCUUUACUGGAGCUCCUGAGAACAAAUUUCAAACAAGAGUAUCAUCCACACAAAGAAGUUUCCAUAGAUGAGGCGAUGGUAGGAUUCUCAGGAAGACUGGGGUUCAAGCAGUACGUGCCUCUCAAACCUACAAAGAGGGGUAUCAAAGUGUGGGUCAGAGCUGACUCUUUCAAUGGAUAUAUAAAUGACUUCCAGGUUUACACUGGACGUCAUAAUAAUGUUGCAGAGAAGGACCUGGGCUCUCGUGUUGUGUUAGACCUUGCAAGACCAAUAAUAGGACUUGGACACCACAUAUAUUGUGACAGUUUCUUCACAUCCCCAGAUCUGUUCCUACAGCUGUGGCGUGAGGAUACCUAUGCUUGCGGCACAGUGAGGGCCAAUAGGAAAGGCCUUCCAAAGGACAUAGGAACAACCAAGUUGAAGGAGCAAGGAAGAAAUGUUACAAAACAAAAAGGAAGUAUGCGUGUAACUGUUUGGCGAGACAAAAAGAAUAUAACAAUUCUUCAUACAAAUGGUGGUGGUGAAGAUACGUCAGUGAAUAGAAAGCAGAAGGAUGGCUCCACCAAGGAUGUACCCUGUCCUGAGGCUGUGAAAUUGUACAAUCAGUACAUGAAUGGUGUCGAUCAUGCAGAUCAGCUCAGAUCUACUUACCACACAGCGAGGAAAGCCCUAAAAUGGUGGAAAUAUUUAUUUUUCUUUCUAUUCGACGUUGCCAUUGUGAAUUCCUACCUUCUUAUGAGAGAAUCUCCCCAACAUUCCCUAAAAACAAAAACCAACAGAACUAGGCAGAGGACCCAAAUGGAAUUUAGAAUGAAGUUGGCACAUCAGAUGCUUGGAGCAUUUAUGUCCAAGAGAAAGAGACAAUCAGAAGUGCAGAUACCAGCCCAACCGAACCAUACCCAUUGGCCAACUGUGAUGAAGAAAAAAACUUGUAAACAUUGUGCAACUAAAAAAAUUAGAUCAGAACCAGGCUAUGGAUGUGAACAAUGCAAUGUGAACCUAUGUGUGAAGUGUUUCAAGCCAUAUCAUGUGUCAAAAUUCCCUGAAAUGUCCUGAGAUCUUUGACAAUAAACUAAUUUCAAGCAGUAAAUUCUAUUUACAAGGACUUAUUACAAAUAUAAAUAAUUAUUGUUUCCUAUUAAAAUUAUAUCAAUGGAUUGAAAAUUUUGUUUUCUAUGUUGUGUGAAAAUUUCAAAGUGAUCAGUGGAAUAAUUAAGGAGAUACAAAGGUAAAUAUAAAGCAUGUGCAUGUUAUCAACAUCACUUAGCAUCUUUCCCAAAAUCUGUCUGGGGCACAUGCUGAUAACAGCUACUGAGGCACUGUGUAGAUAAGAGUGCUUGGGGCUGAAUGAGUUAAAGGUGUGCUAAUAAUUUUAGCAGAAAAGGAAGA